GAAUGAUAGAGAGAGGGAUUGACUAGAAGGAAUAGUCCUCUACUCAGUCACUCCAAGUCAGUGAGGGUCAGAGCUCCUUGGUCUGUCUGUCUGUCUGUUUGUUUGUCAGACGCAUUUUGCUACGCAGGAACGAUGGCUCGCAUCUUCAUCCUCGGAUUCAGCUACCUCCUCCUGCUCUUCCUCUUCUCUUCCCCUGCUCACGCGGAGCCCCGCCAGUCAACACCGUCCCCGCGCAGGUCCACACGGGCUCCGGCCGCCAAAGUGCGCCUGGCUGGAAACUUUGCCCGCGGACCUAACGAGGGUCGAGUGGAGGUUCUGCACAACAACACUUGGGGGACCGUGUGUGACGACGACGUGGACAUCAAACUGGCUAACGUGGUGUGUCGCGAGCUGGGAUUCCAGAGCGGCAUCACGUGGGCGCACAGCGCUAAAUAUGGAGAGGGAGAUGGGCCCAUCUGGAUGGACAACGUGCGCUGUGAUGGCUUGGAGAAGAGUGUGAAGGAAUGCAAGCACAACGGCUGGGGCGUGCACGACUGCAAGCACGGCGAGGACCUGGGCGUGGUGUGCACCCCUGAGCGCCGGCUAGACCAGGCGGGCUCACGCAGGGGCCACUCCAUCGCCCUCAGGCCCAACGUCAGCCCAUCGCCCCAGUGGCAGAGCAUCUUGGCUGGCCGCCGGGGGCAGGCCUACCAUGGGAACGGACACCCCCCAGAGAUGCCGCGCAGGCAGCACCUCCAGCACUCGGGCUCCAGUAAAGUGCGUAUCCAGGAAGUGCGUCUGCGACCCAUCCUCAUGGCAACCAAGAAGAGCUCCCUGAUCACAGAGGGUGUGGUGGAAGUGAAGCAUGCUGGGAGAUGGAGGCAGGUGUGCGACCUGGGUUGGAGUCUGAACAGUAGCAGGGUGGUGUGUGGCAUGCUGGGAUUCCCAGACGCAGCGCAGCACAACGCACACACCUACAAGAAAAUCUGGGACACCAAGGUGGCAGACCCGUCCACAAGGCUCAGCUUGAUGGCCAGUAAGAAGGGCUUCUGGGUGGAGAAGGUGCACUGCCUGGGUACUGAGAACAGCCUAUCAGAGUGCCACGCUCAGCUGUCCAUCCCGCGUAGCCCCACCCCCUGUAAGAGUGGCAGGCAUGCAGUGGCCAAGUGUAUUCCUGGUCCCCAGUUUGCCCGCAUGUCGUCAGGACGACCUCAGGCCCCCAACCCCACUGUGCCGGUGCGUCUGAAGGCGGGGCCGCGCUUGGGAGAGGGGCGCGUGGAGGUGCUCAGGGAGGGCAAGUGGGGCACCAUCGUAGACCACCUGUGGGACCGGGUGUCAGCCAGCGUGGUGUGCAGGGAGCUGGGCUUCGGCAGUGCCAAGGAGGCCCUCACUGGAGCCUACAUGGGGCAAGGUACUGGUCCUAUCCACAUGAACAGUGUCCAGUGUCUGGGUUCGGAGAGGUCUCUGCUGGACUGCUACUUCCAGGAUGUUCCUCUGUGGACCUUUAAACACACCCAGGACGCGUCCGUACGAUGCAACAUCCCCCACACCGGCCUGGAGAGCACGGUGCGUCUGGCAGGGGGCCGGGAACGGGCCGAGGGCCGUGUGGAGGUGCUGAUGGAGGUGGGGGGACGUAAGCGCUGGGGGGCUGUGUGCAGUGAGAACUGGGGCAUCAACGAAGCCAUGGUGGUGUGCAGACAGCUGGGCUACGGCUUCGCCUCCAGGGCCCACCAGGAGACUUGGUACUGGGCUGGGGCUCCUAACGCAGCAGACCUGGUGCUGAGCGGAACACACUGUGUCGGAACUGAGCUGUCAAUCCAACAGUGUCGCCGUAACAACCACGUGCACUGCCCUAGAGGGGGCGGGACUAAGGCUGCCGGAGUCACCUGCUCAGAGACGGCCCCUGAUCUGGUUCUGGAUGCCCAGCUGGUCCAGGAGACGGCCUACCUGGAGGACCGGCCGCUGCAUCUGCUCACCUGCGCCAACGAGGAGAACUGCCUGUCGUCGUCGGCCUCCAGGAUGGCCUGGCCCUACGGCCACCGCCGCCUGCUGCGCUUCUCCUCCCGCAUCAUGAACCUGGGCAGAGCAGACUUCAAACCCCGCGCCACCCGAGAGAGCUGGACCUGGCACGCCUGCCACCGACACUACCACAGCAUCGAGGUGUUCACACACUACGAUCUGCUGACGCUCAACGGGACCAGAGUGGCAGAGGGACACAAGGCCAGCUUCUGUUUGGAGGACACCUACUGUCCUGAGGGUGUGCAGAAGCGUUUCUCCUGCUACAACAUGGGGGACCAGGGCAUCUCCAUCGGUUGCUGGGAUACCUAUCGCCAUGACAUUGACUGCCAGUGGAUCGACAUCACUGACAUACGACCUGGGGACUACAUAUUCCAGGUGGAGGUUAAUCCCUCAUUGGACAUGGCUGAGUCCGACUUCAUGAACAACGUGAUGAGGUGUCGCUGCAGGUACGACGGACAGAGGGUUUUCAUGUAUGGAUGUCACGCAGGGGAUGCAUACAGUG